AUGUAUAUUGAACCUAUUCGUCGAACGAAUUUAAUGAUUUCCUCUUCAGCAAAAUUAUUUACAUCCAGCAACGCAAAGAUAUUUGUAAGAUUCAGUAAGGUCUUAUUCUUCCUUUCUACUUUUGUAUAUCCAUUUGACAUGAAGGACAUUUACAAGCAAGACGAACUCACCAUCCCUGAAGGUGUCAAGGUUUCCAUCAAGUCCCGUCAAGUUACCGUUGAAGGUCCUCGUGGUGUUCUCACCAAGAACCUUCGUCACUUGAACAUUGAAAUCACCGUUGUUGGUCAAAAGGUCCGUUUCGUUGUUCACCACGGUCUUCGUAAGCACGUUGCCUGUAUCCGUACCGUUCGUUCUUUGGUUAACAACAUGAUCAUUGGUGUCACUAAGGGUUACCAAUACAAGAUGCGUUAUGUUUAUGCUCACUUUCCCAUCAACGUUAUCAUUAGUGAUGCCGGUGAUGCUGUCGAGAUCCGUAACUUCUUGGGUCAAAAGGUUGUCUUCAACGUCAAGAUGCGUGAAGGUGUCAAGGUUGAAUCCUCAAAGAGCCAAAAGGAUGAACUUAUCUUGACUGGUAACUCUCUUGAAAACGUCUCUCAAUCUGCUGCUGAUAUUCAACAAUCUUGUCUUGUCAAGAAUAAGGAUAUUCGUAAAUUCUUGGAUGGUAUUUACGUCUCUGAACGUGGUGUCCUUGAAGAAUCUGCUUAAGUUUUUUUUUUCUCUCUUUUAAAGAAAAACUGUAGAUUUUCUCUCUCCUUUUUUUUUUUUCUUCGGUCUUUCAGUGUUAGAAGUGGAGGAAGAGUAAAAAAAAAAAAGAAGGGGUGAAUCUAUGAUUAAUAAAGAUACACACCUGUCUUUGGGAAGACGGCAGCAGCCUUCCCACCCAU